GCUCCAAAAUUUUGGGAGAGCCAUUGCUUUGCUUGCUUGUACAAGAACCCCUCUUUUCAACUGAAAAACAAAUUAUAUUCAGUUGUGGAUCCAAUAAGAGUGGAUCAAACAGAAAGUUGCAAGUUGCAGCCUUGUCUCCUUUCUGGUGGACGAGAAGGGGGCUUUGCGAAUUGCAAUUUUGCAAUGCUUCUUGCUUGUGAUUGUGACGACGAUGCACAAACCGCAGAGAAUGGCAACGCCCCGAUGCUCAGCAACUACCGCGCCCAGCCUGCGCCACCGCUCGCCGAGCCCCUCCUCCUCGACAAGCCACAGCGCGCGCACUGGCUCAGGCAGCUCAAACCGUGGCGCCGCAAUGCCGCCGACGACCACCUCUCCGCCGGAAUCGCCAUCAACUGGAGCUCUGUGCGUUCGGCGACCAAGGACUGGAUCACCAACCCCAUGAACAUCGCCAUGCUCCUCUGGCUUCUCUGCGUCGCCGUCUCCGGCGCCAUGCUCGUCCUGCUCCUCCUCGGCCUGCUCGACGGGGCGUUCCCCACGCCGGCGGCGAGGAACCACUGGAUCGAGAUCAAUAACCAGGUUCUCAACGCGCUCUUCACGCUCAUGAGCCUCUACCAGCACCCCGUCCUCUGCCACCACCUCUUCCUGCUCUGCCGCUGGCGCCCCGCCGACGCCGCCGACCUCCGCGCCGCCUACUUCAAGGACGGCGCCGGCCCGCGCCACGGCGAGCGCGCCCACAUGGCCGUCGUGGUCGCGCUGCUCCACCUCACCGUCGCCUGCCAGUACGUGCUCUGCGGCCUGUACUGGGGGUACACCAAGAAGACGCGGCCGGAGCUCGUGGAGAAUGGGUUCUUCGUGCUCGGCGUCGUCGCGCCGGUCGUCGCCGUCGUGUACACCGUGUGCAGCCCGCUCGGAAAAGACAACUACGGCGAGCUCGCGUGCCCCAACGCCUUCGACUCGGUGAGCCAACACAAAUGCACGGGACACGCCGUGGUCGAGCCGGAGUGGGCCGGCGGCAUGUUCGACUGCGGCGGCGACGCGACGGCGUGGUGGCUCUCCCUGUCGUGCACCUUCUGCGCCUUCGGGUGGAACAUGGAGCGGCUCGGAUUCGGCAGCAUGUUCGUGCACACCGCCACGUUCGUGCUUCUGUGCUUCGCGCCGCUGUGGGUGAUGGGCGUGUCGGCGCUCCACAUCCACGACGUGGUCAUCGGCGACAUGGUCGGCGGCGCCGGGGCCCUGCUCUGCGUGUGCGGCCUGCUCUACGGCGGCUACUGGAGGAUCCAGAUGAGAGAACGCUUCGGGCUUCCGGCGAGCACGGCGUGCUGCGGCUCGCCGUCGGUGACGGACUACGCCCGGUGGCUCUUCUGCUGGCCGUGUGCGCUGGCGCAGGAGGUGCGCACGGAGAGCCUCUACCACAUCGAUUGCGAGACGUUCUACAAGAAGCUUCCUGUUGUCGAUGACGUUGAAGACGAGAAGAGGCUACCGUUGCUGGCGUCACACCAUGUCCAAUUCCAUGAACCACCGGACACGAUGAUCAUGGCAGCAUCAGAGGGAUCAAAUGAUCAUGUGGUGAUUGUUCAUGAGGAGAUGGUUCCACCGGCUGUACAGGUUGUGGUGGAGCAAGUCGUCGUUGAAGGUGAUAAAUCUGAAGAAGAAUGCAGUGCAGUUCAUGAUGAGAAGAUCAUGGGUUCGCCUCUUCCGGAAUCGGUGGUGAUUGUGGAUGAUGAUGAGAUACCGGCCAGUUUGUCGGAUGGAAGCUGGACGGUGGAGAAGGUGAAGAGACUGAUAAAUGUUGUCACUUUGGUUUCUUUGCUCAUUCUUCUCUACACCAGGGGAUUCAUUCGUUAGUGAGGCACAGAAAAUGCAUACAAAAGGCUACAGAUUCAAUAGCUACUUAGCUAGAUGACUGAAUUCUCUCAUCUUUCUCCAUUUCUUUUUGUUGGUUGUGAUCGAGAGGAAGUUCAUUCUUUGGAGUUUGGGUGUACAUAGGCAUACUGCUGGCAUAAAGAUGCCACAGGAUUUUGAAGGGAUUGUAUAUUUGUAAUCCGUUCCCAGCUGCAAUUGCACCUUGGAAAUAGUGAAUCUCUAAUGCAAUUAUAUCUCAUUAUUUCA